UCCGUCUCUCUUACUCGGAUCUGCGGCUGUUCGUUCCUUCAUCGUUUUGUUGUGAAUUUCUCGCCGUCAUAAAAUCCUUGGGAACAGAGUUUUCAAUUUAUCGGAAUACGCAAAGGCGAACAGAGUGAAGUUGUAGAAAGAGAUUGGGUUAAACAGAUGUGAGCAAUGUCGAGACCUUUGCUGAUCGUUUUUCUAGUGUUCGUGAUAGUUUUCACUUCUCAGUUCGAAUGGAAGCAGCAAUUUGGUGAAGAAAUUGAGCCAACUCCCACAGUUUCUCUUAAAGACCAAUACGUUUCUAAACGCCAAGAUUCCGUUAAAGAAAAGAUAAUACUUUCUCAAGAAAGAAAUAUUCAGAAAUUGAAUGGGCAAGUGAGGAGUCUUCAGGAGCAGCUGCUACAGUGUAAGGCUGAAAAUGAGGUUACCAAUCGCUCUACAUUUUCUUUGACUGAACAUUUAACUGAACCUGAGAAGCAACCAAUGUUGGAUGACUAGUAUUGUUGGAUCAAAUGCCAAUACAUCAGUACUGUGCGGUCUGUGUAAGUCUAUAAACCUUGUUUCUUUCUUCCCUCUUUUUUGUAGCUUCAGAAUGAUCACUGUUUCAGUUGACUUGCAACACCUUACAUGAAGCUUUUAAUAUCUCUU